GCCUGUUCUCCUUUACCACCAUGUCAGCAGCUACUAUGACAGACUCAGACAUCGUUCUGCCUUUCGGAAAGCAGCUAGCAGCAAACGAGAAGAAAACUCGUGAUAAAGCUGUUCGCUCUCUCCAGCAAUUCCUGUCGUCCAAGGCAGAAUUAAGUGAAAAGGACCUCCUUAAGCUUUGGAAGGGUCUUUUCUACUGUUUCUGGAUGUCGGACAAACCAUUGAUUCAGCAAUCUCUAUCAGAGACUCUAGGAUCGCUCAUCAUGAGCUUGCAGCAACAAAAUGCAAUCGCUUUCUUGGGUGCUUUCUGGCAAAUUCACUGUGAGGAGUGGCAUGGAAUCGAUCGUAUCCGAUUGGACAAAUAUUAUAUGCUGCUGAGACGAGUUAUAUUCUACACAUUCAAGUAUAUCAGUGAGCACAACUGGGAUUUAGGCAUCAUUGAUGACUACUCAGAACUUUUGAAAAACGGCCCACUAAAUCCUACAAACAAUAAGAUCCCCGAUUCAAUUCGGUUCCAUUUGUCCGAUAUUUAUUUAGGCGAACUCGAAAAGGUGGUGAAUGCACAACUAGACACAUUGGAUGAAGAUGAAGAUAUCGAAAUUCCAACUACCGAACUGUUGGAUGCCUUCAUAAAUCUUCUUGCUAAGACUCCAAACAAGGUCACAGCAAAGAAGGUCACUGAAAACACUUUUAUCCCAAUAUUGGAAAAGUUUGCCGCCGAGCUUUUGUUCGUUGAAAAUCAAAUACAGCGAGAAGAGAGUGAGGACGAGGAUCCAGAGGAUGAAAAUCGCCCACCUUUCAUUUACGAUGUUGAGUCAUUGGAACAAGCUUUAGGCAAGGCCGCAGAAGACCCCGAAACAUACAACCCAAAUAGAAAGAAGUUGACUGAACUUCGAAAGCGCUUCAGCGAAUUAAUACCAGGAGAAGAAGGCGAUAGCGACGACGAAGAAGCACCAACCCUUGUUGAUGCCUUAGAAGAAGAAGAACUAGAGGAUAUGGAGGAAGAUGAUGAGGAAGCAAGGAAGGGUGGAUGGACCAAUGAGUUCACCGCUGGCGAUAUCAUUGGCGACGAACUCGUAGAAGAAGAGCAACCCAAGGACACGAGAAGAACAAGGAAGGACAAUGGAUUGCUUGGCGGGAAAAUGGUCUCUGUAGAUUCCAGCACCAUAGAUAUUAGUGGACUGGAGACCGAAGUAGCGCCAUCCGCUGCGGAGGAACCCAAGAUAAAAAAGAAGAAGGCCAAGAAGGCUGCUGCCAAGCAACCUGAGGUUGAAGUCGUCGAGGAGGAAGAAGAAGAGAUUGCAUCUGUUGUUGAUGACGAAGACGAGAUGGUCACUGCUAUCUCCAAGAAGAAGAAGGUGCAGUGGGUUCUUGACCAGAACACCGUCCGCCGCUUUCAAAAACAACGACCAAUAACCUCAGUCGCUACUGCUAUUGAAUCGAAGGUGGCUCGGCCCAUGAAAUCAGCCAUCAAGAUCCGUGCGACCGAAAAUGGCGAUCAGGACGAAGCAUCAAAGACCAACGGCCAUGCUGCAACCAAAAAGAGAAAGGCUUCAGCUAAAAAUGGUGAUGCUAAACGUAAAAAGGCUACCGAUUUCUUCUGAUCUGUUUUGUUAAGUUGAGGGCUGUUCUAUUUGACCAAAAGAAGAGAAGAGCAUGAAAAAGUAGUGUAUGUAACUCGGCGCAGUGUUCUCUACGUCGUCAUCGUCUUUGAUGGGGCUCCUAAUGUGUGUAGGCCCAAUUCUAGUCAUUCCUUCCCUGUACAAAUUACCAUAAAACACUCAUUAAAGCAUGAUAUCUUCUACUAAAAUAG